ACUUCCACCAACUGCCAAUAGGACCGAGCGCGCGAGCAACUGUGUCGCUCACGUGACAGAAACCAAUCCGGUGCCGCUUCCGCAUGACCAUGGGAGUCCGCCCCUUUCUCCCACGUGGCGUACGGAAGGGCCAGAUAACUAGGCGGUCACGGCUGUGCAGCAGUGGGCGGAGGCGUGCGUUGGAAUACAAGAUUACAAAUACCUGGGACAGCAUAAAGGUGAUGCGUGAGCCAGUGAUCAUCAGAUUUAAGGCAGGUGACCAAGGAUUAAUAAUGGAAGUGAAUUCCCUGUUCUUUGAUGACCCUUCUGCCCCAUCUGGUGAGCCAAGAAAGCCUUUUGAUGGACUCUGGGAUUACGAAGGCAUGGACAACAUCUUGUAUUAUUGCUCUCUGGAGGAAACUGUUUUGAAAAAGGAUUGCUUGAUAUUUGAAGCAGGCAUAAACUGGAACAAAUGGAAUGGCACAGCACUUAUUCCUUGGAGGUAUUUCCCACCUGGUGUUGACAAGAUGAAUUCAUAUGCCAUCCAUGGGUCUGGGAUUGGAAGAACAUAUGAGGCACUCUAUCCAAUACCUAGAGAGGAUAUUGCAGGGACAGGGCCUAAUUUCCAUCGUCUGGAGUAUUUCAAAAGAUUCAGUCUGAAGUGGAUUAUGGGAGAGAACUGGGAGCAACCUGCAUCAGACCUGUGGAAAUAGCUUAAUCAGUGUCUACAAUCAAGUAACUCUCUAAAUCACAAACACAGUUAUUAAAAAACAAAACAAACUCCAGCAAAAAACAACUCCCCCUCCAAUUACUUAAAAGUCUGUUUUCAAAUUGCUGGAACUAAGUUGUAUUCUGUCACAGCUUCAAAUUGAUGUGGCAAUUAAAAUAAAUAAUU